UUUAAAAUGAGUAGCCUUGCUUAACACAACCUGUUGCUCUCGCUUCUGCUUCUCCACCACAGUGACACCGGGGACGCAGCUUUUCAGAUAACACUACAAAAUAGAAAAAGUGCUGAAAUGAGAGAGGCGUGUGUUUGGCUCUGCGCGCUGCUCUGGAUCGGCAGCCCCGCAGCAGCGGGACACAAACUCAACGACUCUUCACUUAUGGGAGAGGAGACAUUUUCCCUCACGGCUCAUUUGCACAACGGGUCGGGGCGGGCCGGUAACCGGACUUCAGGGUUUCUCCUCUUGGACUUCGAUGAGGGGAUGCUGGAGGACUGGCGCUCUCUGGCCAGCAAGAAGCGUCGCGGCGGGGAGUCGCAGGACGGCGGCGUCAAGGCGCUGCUGGUGGCCGCCUACUCCCUCAUCAUUGUCAUCUCCUUGUUCGGGAACACCCUGGUGUGCCACGUGGUGGUCAAAAACAAGCGCAACUUGUCUGCCACCAGCUUGUUUAUUAUGAACCUCGCCGUGGCUGAUAUCUUCAUCACUGUCCUCAAUACUCCGUUCACUCUGGUCCGGUUUGUGAACAGCACCUGGGUGUUUGGGAGGACAAUGUGUCACAUCAGUCGCUUCGUACAGUACUGCUCCCUGCACGUCUCCACUCUCACCCUCACCGCUAUCGCCCUGGACCGUCGGCAGGUGAUUUUGCACCCUUUGAGACCUCGAAUGUCCCUGACAAAAGGCGGUGUUUGGGUUGCUGUUGUAUGGAUGAUGGCUACCUGCUUCUCCCUCCCUCAUGCAAUCUAUCAAAAACUCCUGACUUUUAUGUACAGCAAGGAAAAAGAGCGCAGCUUUUGUGUCCCAGACUUCCCAGAGCCCGCAGACGUCUACUGGAAGUACAUUGACCUCCUGACCUUCAUAUUACUUUACAUGCUGCCUCUCCUCAUCAUCACCGCCUCCUACACCACGGUGGCCUGUCGGCUGUGGAGCCACAACACCAUCGGUGACACCACGACCGCUCAGCACGCUGCGCAGCGAAGAAAGCGGCGGCGGACGUUGGCCAUGCUGCUGCUGGUGGUUGGGGUGUUUGCCGUCUGCUGGUUCCCCCUCAACUGCUAUGUGGUGCUGCUGUCCAGCCAGGCCAUCCACUCCUCUAACGCCCUGUACUUCUGCUUUCACUGGCUGGCUAUGAGCUCCACCUGCUACAACCCUUUCAUCUACUGCUGCCUGAAUCCGGCCUUCCGCGCCGAGCUGAGGCUCCUCUUCGACAUUUGCAGGAGGAAGCGCGGGGCGGUGGUCGAGCUGGAGCCAGAGCUCCGGCCAGUAGCUCCUCCCCGUCACAGGACUGCGUGGCCCGACAACUGCGCGGCGUCGGAGCCAAGGCGCGCUCUGUCCCACAUGGGGCCCGCCUCCUCACAGCCGAGCCACACCACCUCCAGUCGCUCCCACAACCUGAAAGAUAAACGUGUUCUCUUCACGGCCAGACAGGUCCUCAGCGGAAAGAUAGACAUCCUCUCGGUGGAACCUAUCGUGGCUGUGAGCUGAGUGGAAAUAACUGCCGCAAUUGGAAUGGUGCUUUAAAAUGGACGGGAAAUCAGAAAAUGUCAGAGCUGCCUCGGCGUGUCUUCACAGGAUGUUAAUGGAAGCAGAGGACAUUCAUUAGUGGCUUUAAACAGAACAUUCGGUCAGGUUGUUUUUCCAUGGGUUUCCCUGUGGUUUUAGUUAUUAUUUCUAUUCGCCAUGCUUUUCAAUCUAGUUAAGCCUCAGCACAAGAGAUAUUUGCAGUAAUUACCAUACUGCAAUUGGAAUGCCCGACCCUAGUUUGAAUACUAUUUUUAAAAUUUCCAUUAUAUUCUUAAUGCAUUCUCCCCCAUGUUGGCUGGCUAUUCAUUUUGUCUGAAAAAAUGUCCAUCUUUGUAAAGAGAAAACAAUUAGCAUAUUGUCCAUUAAGUAGAUGUUCUACCGCUUUCAACCAAUUUGUAUGAAGGGUUUUCAUACGUUUGCAGCAUUAAGACGAUCUACAUGAAACUCACCGAAACCUUAUCUUUUAUAGUGUUCAAAUUUCUCGCCCAAAAAUAUGUUGGGCAUUGAUAUUCAUAUUCUAAUGUAACAGUCAGGUCUGUCAUUUUUUUCAGCAGCCUUCUGCAUGAACAAAGGGAACGUAUUCUGCAUACGAUGCAUCCAAUCUCAGUGGACAUAUAUACAUGUUAAGAACAAAAUCAUCUUCAUAUUGAUCCACUGGCCCCAUUCAGUACAUGCUGCUACUCAUACCACUUACCUAGAGUAUGCAUUGGGAAAGGUUAAAGCUUGUUCAAAAAGAAAGUGGUUAUCCGUUGUUUUUUCCAUGCUUGAUAUCUUUCGGUUUGUUAUGCCCGCUGCUAGAGUAAUUUGAAUUAAUAUAAAACAAUUUUUCCCUUUGAAAAAUUUCCAUCACAUCACUUAACAGAUGUUAGAGAAUAGAAUAUUUAGUUUUUUAACCAAAGCAGUGGAAAUGACAACAAUAAAUGUAAUGGUGCUGAUGGUUUUCAGAAUAAUCUGAGUUAGAAAUGAACGGCAGCAUUUAGCUGAGAAAAGAAGGCAUUGUUUUUGUAGCUGAAAUAAAAAUGCGUGUUAAUUGUAAUAUUAACAAAAAAAAGGAUUGCAGGGAAGAUAUAGAACAUGUGUUUGUCUUGUGUACAAAAUAUAUUGUUAUGUUGUAUGUUAAAAUAUUCCUUUGUGCAUGUUUUAUUUAAAAAUAGAAUUGCUGAAAUUUGUAGUACAUAAACAGUUGCUUUAUUUUUGGUUUA